AUGCAGAGGCUGUAUGACUCCGUGGAGCCGAGAGUGAUGGACGAGGACAUGCUCAAGCUGGCUGUGGGGGAACAAGGCCCGCAGGAGGAGGCUGGGCAGCUGGCCAGGCAGGAGGGCAUCCUCUUCAAGGAUGUCCUGUCGCUGCGGCUGGACUUCCAAAACAUCCUCCGCAUAGACAGCCUCUGGCAGUUUGAGAACUUGAGGAAGCUACAGCUGGACAACAACAUCAUUGAGAAGAUCGAGGGCCUGGAGCAUCUUGUGCACCUGGUCUGGCUGGACCUGUCCUUCAACAACAUCGAGGCCAUCGAGGGGCUGGACACGCUGGUGAACCUGGAGGACCUGAGCUUGUUCAACAACCGGAUCUCCAAGAUUGACUCUCUGGAUGCCCUGGUCAAGCUGCAGGUGUUGUCGUUGGGCAACAACCAGAUCGGCAACAUGAUGAAUAUCAUCUACCUGCGGCGGUUCAAGGACCUGCGGACGCUCAGCCUCUCUGGGAAUCCCAUCACAGAGUCAGAGGAUUACAAGAUGUUCAUCUAUGCCUACCUUCCUGACCUCGUGUACCUGGACUUCCGGCGCAUUGACGACCACAUGAAAGAUCUGGCAGGGAGUAAGCACCAGUACGGCAUCGACGAGCUGAAGCACCGAGAGCACCUGAUCCAGGCCCGGCUGGACGAUGAGCGGGCCCGGCAGGAGGAGCUGAAGAAGCACAAGGUCGCGUUCGUCGAGCACCUGAACGGCUCCUUCCUGUUUGACAGCAUGUAUGCCGAAGACGUAGACGGCAACAAGCUGGCCUCCCUGCCCGGCGUCGGCGAGCUCCUGCAGGCCUACAAGGACAAAUUCGUCAUCAUCUGCCUGAACAUUUUCGAAUAUGGCCUGAAACAGCAGGAGAAGAGGAAACUGGAGCUUGACACCUUCAAUGAGUGUAUCCAGGAGGCCAUCCAGGAAAACCAGGAGCAAGGCAAACGCAGGAUUGCCAAGUUCGAGGAGAAGCACUUGCUGAGUCUAAAUGCCAUUCGAGAGGAGUCCGAUCUGACCAAUAUCGAGAUAAAGAUAGUGGAAUAUGGCGAGGACAUCACGGAGCUGUUCAAUGUGCUCAUGACACUGGAGAUGCAGUUGGUAGAGCAGCUGGAGGAGACUAUAAACAUGUUUGAAAGGAACAUCACGGACUUGGUGGCACUCUUUAUUGAAAACGUCCAGAGCCUGAUGGCUCAGUGCCGGGACCUGGAGAACCACCACCACGAGAAGCUCCUGGAGAUCUCCAUCAAUACUCUGGAGAGGAUAGUCAAGGGCGAGCUCGACGAGGACCUGCCCGACGACGUGCGCGCUCUUUUUGUCGACAAAGACACGAUUGUUAAUGCUGUCGGGGCAUCACAUGACAUCCACCUCCUGAAGAUCGACAAUCGAGAAGAUGAGCUGGUGACCCGGACCAACUCUUGGUGUACGCACUUGGUGGACACAAUCCACAAGGAUGAGAUCAUGAGGAACCGCAGGCGAGUGAAGGAGAUCAAUCAGUACAUCGACCACAUGCAGAACGAACUGGACAACCUGGAAUGCAGUGACGUCAUAGAUUAG